GUCAUCAAGUGAAGUUUCAAAAUUCAUGAUGUUUCAGAAAAAAUUCUUUUUCCUAUUAUUAACGUUAUUUAAAUUUAUUGGUGGGCAGGAGGAUGGAACAGUGUUGAAAAUCUGUGCACCCUCUGUAUCCCGUAAGGAAUGUAAAGAUUUACUUCCCCUUAUCGAAGAACAUGGUCCCCAAGUUGAAUGUGUGUUUGGACAUCCUCGUGUUGAAUGUUUGGAAAUGUUACAAAAGAAUGAAGCAGAUGUGGUGGCAGUAACUCCAGAAGAUGCGUUCUUUGCUACAACUAUAGAUAAAGAUAAUACAUUUAGAAUAAUUGCAGAACUUCGAACAGAAGAAUAUGAUAUAUUCGAAGAUGAAGAUCAAGUUCUAGUAAAAGUUUCAUCAAAUAUUAAAAGUUUUAAAGAUUUAAAAGGCUCAAAAUCAUGCCACCCAAAUUUUAAUUCGUACUAUGGUUACAAGAUUCCAAUUUCAAUUUUAUAUAAACUUGGGUUAUUGGAAAUUUCAAAAGAUCCAUCGAUUCCAAGACCAGAAAGAGAACUUAAGGCUUUAUCAGAUUUUUUCAAUCAAUCAUGUUUAGUAGGUCCUUAUUCAGACGAUGAAAAUAUUAAUGAAGAAUGGAAGAAAAAAUAUUCAAAUUUAUGUCAACUUUGUGAGAAUCCUGCCAAAUGUAAUCACAAUGACAAUUAUGCUAACUAUUAUGAUUCUAUUGAGUGUUUAGUUCAUGGGGGUGGUGAUGUCGCCUUUACAAGAAGAAGUGAUAUUCGAAGAUAUUUCGGUAUUGUAGGUGAAGAUGGCAAUAAAGAUGUCGACAUCAAUGAUUACGAAUUGUUAUGUGAAGAUGGAAGUCGUAGACCGAUUAAUGGGACAGGGUGUUCAUUAGCAAAGAGACCAAAUGCAGCUUAUGUUACCACAACAAAUAUAACAAAUAAUCCAAAACUAUUAAAUAGUUUGUUAGUGCAUUUGAAAACAUUCUUUAAAAAUGGUUUAGAACGUACAAGUGCUAAAAUUACCAAAAAUUUUUUAAUUGAAGAUGAAAUGAAAUUGUAUACCGAACCUGUACCAGUUUCAUUGCAAGAUUAUACAAAAGAACUCAAAGUAUAUUAUCAACGAAAUGAAAGUUAUACCUUUAAAGUAAAAUUUUGUGUUAUGACUGAGCUUGAACUAGAAAAAUGUGAAAUUUUGUCGAAACUCUCACUUUUUUAUGAAAUACGUCCUCUAAUCGAAUGUUAUUUGUCACGACAAAAUGAUUGUGCUGCCGAAGUGGCCAGUGAUAAUGCUGAUAUUGCUGUUGUACCCGGCUACAAUUGGGCGAUAGUUGAUCAUAAAUACAAGAAUUUAAAGCCAGUGGAAUAUGAAAAUUGGAUUUUUAAUGAAACUUAUAUUGCUAUAGUUGAUGGUUAUCAAACAAUUGAAAAUAUUUUAAAAUACCCCAUCAAAUUUGAUAACUCUGAUAAAAGAGCUUAUAAAGCAGCAUGUUUACUGCAUUUAAUUCUAGGCGGUGAAGAUGAUUGUGAAAAUUUAAAUGGAAAUAUUUCUGAAACAAAUGAUUAUAUUCAGAUUAUAAACGCUACACAAAGACACCGGUAUGGUAGAAACAAAGUUUUAUUGUGUUUGGAUAAAACUCUUUCUCAUCUCGGUGACUACUACUCUUGUAAUUUGGAUAAUUAUUAUCAAAAUGCUAUUUAUGCUAGCAAAAAUAAAAGUGGCGAAGAAAUAAGUAGUUAUAAAAAUUUAAUUACCACUAUUGGAAGCCUGUUUGCUGAUGAUGGAGCUCAUGCAAGUGUUUUCGAUAUUUAUGGACCGUUUAAAGGCAAAAGGGAUGUUUUAAUUAAUGCUUGCACAUUAGAUUUUAUUGAUGGAUUACCCAACUUCAAAACAAUCGAAGAAAAACAUCUAAAAAUAUGUGCACCUGAAAGAUUAAUAGAAGAUUGUAAAGAUUUGCUUGAUCGUGUAAAACAGAAUGAUCCUAAAAUCGAUUGCAUUUCUGGGCGAGAUCGCAUUGAUUGUUUGGAAAUGCUUCAAAACAAUGAAGCAGAUGUAGUAGCUGUAGAGCAUGAAGACGUAUAUCUAGCUGCUGAAAUGGAUAAAACAGCGUUUAGAAUUAUUGCAGAACUUCGACAUGAAAAAGAUGACACAGCUGAAGAAGAGGACCAAAUUCUAAUUAAAAAGUCUUCAACAAUUAAAGGAUUAAAAGAUUUAAAGGGCUUAAAAUCAUGUCAUCCAAAUUUUAAUUCAUAUUAUGGGUACAAGAUUCCCGUAGUAAUUUUGAAAAGACAUGGUUUAUUAAACGUUUCAAAGGAUCCAACGAUUCCAGCACUAGAAAGAGAACUUCAAGCUUUAUCAGAAUUUUUCGAACAAUCAUGUAUAGUGGGUCCUUAUUCAAAUGAUGAAAAUAUAGAUCAAGAAUGGAAAAAAAAAUAUCCCAAUUUAUGUCAAAUCUGUGAUAAUCCAGUUGAAUGUGAUGAAAAUGAUAAAUAUGCCAACUUUAAUGGCUCUAUAGAAUGCUUAAUUAACGGUGAAGGUGAUGUUGCCUUUACAACAAGAGAAGAUAUUCGACAAUACUUUGGACUAACAGAUGAAAAAGGCAACACGGAUGUAAACAUAAACGAUUACGAAUUAUUGUGUGAAGAUGGAAGCCGUCAAUCGAUUAAUGGAACAGGUUGUUCUUUGGCAAGGAGACCAAAUAGAGCCUAUAUUACUACAACAAAAAUAACAAAUAAUUCGAAACUCUUAAAUAAUUUAUUAUCGCAUUUGAAAAUAUUCUUUAAGAAUGGAUUGGAACAUGGAAAUUCUAAAGUAGCCAAAAAUAUGUUAAUUGAAGAGGAAAUGAUUUUUUAUCAACUUAGCGAUGUUUUAACUUUAGAAGAAUAUUUAAUUGGUUCUAAAGAUUAUAUUGAGCGAGAUGAAAGUUACACAUACAAAGCAAAAUUAUGUGUUAAUACAGAAACUGAAUUUGAAAAAUGUAAAAUUUUAACUAAAGUUUCAUUUGUAAGUGAAAUUCGUCCUGAAUUGGAAUGUUAUUUAUCAGGAAAUGGUAAUUGUGCUGCUGAUGUAGCCAAUGAUAAAGCACAUAUUGCCAUUAUACCAGGAUACAAUUGGACAACGGUUGAAAAAGAAUUCAGUAAUUUAAAAAAGAUUGCAUAUGAAAAUUGGAAUUUUGAAAAAUCAUACAUUGCACUUAUCAAUGUUUUACCAAAAAACAAAGAUUUACAAAAAUAUUCAAUAAAGUUUGAUAAUAGUGACAAAAGGGCUCACAAAGCAGCAUGUUUACUCAACUUGAUUCUCAAAGGAUCAAAAGAUUGUAAAAAAUUAGAUGGUAGUGUAAAUGAAUCAAACCCCUAUAUUCAUAUUGUAAAGGCGGCAGACAGACAUAAUCAUGGUAAGGAUAAAGGUUUAUUAUGUUUGAACAAAAGUAUUUCUCGCAUUGGAAAAUAUUAUUCAUGUAAUCUGGAUCUUUACUAUCAAAAUGCAAUUUAUGUGAAUAGAAAUAAAAGUAAAGCAGAAUUAGAAAGUUAUGAGGCUGUAUUUAACAUCAUUGGAAUAAUGUUUGGAUAUAAUGGUCUCUAUUCAAAUGUUUUUGAUGUCUUUGAGCAAUUUAAGGGGAAUAAUGAUGUUUUAUUUAAUGAUUAUACAAUGAACUUCGAAGGAACAAAAAAUUUUGAUGAUUUUGAAGAAAAAUACCACGAUUUAAUAAUGGAAUUACUUAAGUAUAAUUGGUAAAAUUAAAGUAUAAUGUAAAAAUAUUUUGAAACAAUAAAAUAUUUGCAUUUUUAGAUUCUUUAGUUCUAGCGUCAAUUUUAAGAUUUCAAUCAAAAAACGAAAAAUGAAAUAAUUU